ACUUGGCGCCGUUUUUUCAGAAAACGGCAUCAAUGCCAAACAUCGCCGAAGGCAACUAGACUUCAAUGGUCAUUAAGGUCUGUCCAAACAAAGAAGGCAUCGUUGAAGUGAUAGAAUUUAAGGUGGUUGGUGAAAGGGGCUAGAUCAAUACAUCAGGGUUAUGAUUCACGGUUUUAACCGAGCGCUACACCACCGAUUUUUGAGCCCGUUGACAACCGAGACUCUCGAACGAGGUUUUGUUGGGAGUAGUCGGGUUCGGGUAGGUCUUCUUAGCCCAACCGGAGGGUAUCCUUCCUUCCAUUUCCCGCGCGCAGAGCAGGAGUGUUGUUGUUUACUGCCUCCUCCAAGUCCAAGGAAGCUAGGACCACCACAAUCAGAAAUGGUGUUUGCGAGGGUUUCUUCAGGACGCUACAGCUCUCUGUGUUUCAGCUUUCCCUUUGUCGAAUCUGUCCUCUCCGGAGCUCCUUUCUCUCUCUCGCUUCUUCCGUCUCCAAGAAGGCUUAAUGUUACUACUGCCACAGCAGUCUCAGCAUCAGCAUCUAUUCUUCACGUCGAGUCAGUAGGUCUGAAGAGCGAACGUUGGAAGCCAUUAUGUUUGUAUUACACGCAGGGCAAGUGCACAAAGAUGGAUGAUCCAAUGCAUCUUGAAAAGUUCAAUCAUAAUUGUUCCACAGAGCUCCAAGUGAAUGCUGCCCAACUCAAACAUUUGCGCUCUCAGCAUCUAGAUUACUUUUUGGUGCUUGAUUUGGAGGGAAAGAUUGAGAUUCUUGAGUUUCCUGUGGUAAUGGUUGAUGCAAAAACCAUGGAUGUUGUAGAUUUUUUCCACAGAUUUGUGCAGCCUUCCAAAAUGAGUCAGCAAAGAAUUAACGAGUAUAUUGAAGGAAAAUAUGGAAAACUAGGAGUUGAUCGUGUCUGGCAUGAUACAGCAAUUCCAUUUAAAGAAGUUAUUCAACAAUUUGAAAGUUGGAUUGCCCAUCAUCGCUUGUGGGAAAGGGAACUGGGAGGACCUCUUCACCGUGCUGCAUUUGUAACUUGUGGUAACUGGGAUUUUAAGACAAAGGUCCCCCAACAAUGCAAAGUGUCAAGUAUGAGAUUGCCACCGUAUUUCAUGGAGUGGAUCAAUUUAAAGGACAUCUAUCUCAAUUUUUACCAGAGGAGGGCCCCAGGAAUGAUGACCAUGAUGAAGGAACUUGGGAUUCCAUUGCUAGGAAGCCACCAUCUUGGGAUUGAUGAUACCAAGAAUAUUACAAGAGUGCUGCAACACAUGCUUGCUGAUGGUGCAAUUUUGCAAAUUACUGCAAGGAGGAGAGCUGAUUCUCUUGAAAAUGUUGAGUUUCUUUUCAAGAACCGGAUCAGAUAACUGCUUGGCUGAAUCUAUGUUGUCAUGUAUAAUAGUAACAGAGUUCUUUGCUUGUGAAUUUUGGUGUGUCUGUCACCUUUCUACCCCACCCAAGAAGGAAAAAGAAAACAAAGAGAUCGUUCUUUUCCAUUUGGGUUGUAUAGGUGAUCCAUUAAGCUACAACACUAAGAAAGUUUAUAUGCUUAGUUGCUUUUUGUUUCGUCGAUUUAGGCUGUGUUUGGUUUGAUGGAAAAAGUGGAGAAAGGAAGGAAAAUGUAAGGAAACCUUUACAAACAUUGUAUAGACUUCCCAAUGUUUCCCUUUCCCUACCUUUUCCUUCAAACAAGCCAUAGUCUUAGAGUUCGGUACAUGGGAAUACAAAAUAUUACUAUUAAGAAUCUCGGGA